UUUGCCUGCUGUUUCGUUGCAGCAACCAAACAAAGUGCCCUUUACCAUAUAUACACACAUUCAUUUGAUUGUAUAAAAACAACCCCUCGAUUCUUUUUCAGACAUCAUAUAUGUUUCUUGCACCAAUUUGGAGAGAGAGAGAGAGAGAGAGAGAGAGAGAGAGAGAGAAUUGUAAGAAUGGCUGGCACUUGUAUCCGACUAUUGGUGUUUGUUUUAUGCUUUUCUUACCUCAUAUGCAAGAAUGGAGGCAUCCCUUUUACAAGAAGUAGAGACCUGAUGACGAUUAUGCAGAAACCUGGACUCGAGAAACUGGCAAGAAGCUGGAAAACGGACAGUACGAAGAGAAGAAUGGAAAUUGAGGUGAACGAUUAUCCGGGAUCGGGGGCGAAUAAUCGCCACACGCCGAGGCCACAACUGGGAAGAGGAUGCAUCGAUUGCUAAACAAUUCAAAUUAGUCUUGGUAAUCGAUUUAGGGUAUUUGUUGUGGUAUAGUGUUUGAAGAUGUGCAUGUAAACAUGGUUUUGCCUUAAUCUGGUACCUACCUCUUUAUUAUUACCACAUUCUACUUGUAGAAAAUUACAGGCAAUUAAUGUAUUUCUAUCGAACUUUCUGGUAUAGUUGUCUUAGUAGUUGGAUCAGUUCAUCAAAACCAUAUUGUUUGAAUAUGCGUUUCUAGUUUUCUUUGCUCUAUUGAAAAACUUCGUGAUGAACGAUUACUGUUGGGAAGUUAA